AUGUCUUACAUGCUAUCACAUUUGCAGAAUGGUUAUCAAGUCGAUCAGGCGAUCCUGUCGGAGGAGGACAGAGUCGUGGUUAUCCGCUUCGGACACGAUUGGGACCCGAUGUGCAUGAAGAUGGACGAAGUCCUGUAUAACAUUGCGGAAAAAGUGAAAAAUUUUGCAGUCGUGUACUUGGUCGACAUCACGAAAGUACCAGAUUUCAACAAAAUGUACGAGCUGUACGAUCCAUGUACAGUAAUGUUCUUCUUUAGGAACAAACACAUCAUGAUAGACUUGGGGACUGGAAACAAUAACAAGAUAAAUUGGACUCUGGAGGACAAACAGGAAAUGAUUGACAUCAUCGAGACAGUGUACAGGGGUGCUAGGAAGGGCCGAGGUUUGGUUGUUUCACCUAAAGAUUAUUCCACUAAAUAUCGAUAUUAAUUUAUUUAGAAAGUAUAAUGACAUUAAUAUUAAGGAAAGCGUUAAUACUAUAUUUGUCAGCAUUAAAUAUCAAACGAGUUGAAUAAAUGAUUGAUUUUUAAACGAGCAAA